CAAAAGUCGGGAUCGAGAUUACCUAAUAUAGAUGUGUGAAGUUACCCCCCUUUGUUGGUGACUUGCAAGAAAAAAGAAACAUGUCCAUUUUGGAAUACAAUGGUGCGGCCAUCAUAGCCAUGAAAGGCCGAGAUUGUGUGGCCAUUGCCUCGGACCGAAGGUUUGGAAUACAGGCCCAGACGGUCAGCACAAACUUCCAGAAAAUCUUUGAGAUGGGGCCAAGAUUAUACAUUGGAUUGCCUGGACUAGGCACAGAUGUCCAAACAGUACAGCAGCGUCUACAGUUCCGUGUGAAUCUUUAUGAAUUGCGGGAAAAUAGAAGAAUUAAACCCAAAACAUUCUUGAGCAUGGUGUCGAAUCUGCUUUAUGAAAGGAGGUUCGGUCCAUACUUCGUUGAACCAGUCAUUGCAGGACUGGAUCCUAAAACCUUUGAACCUUUCAUUGCCUCGAUGGAUUUGAUUGGUUGUCCCAUGGUCACAGAUGAUUUUGUUGUCAGCGGUACUUGUUCAGAACAAAUGUAUGGAAUGUGUGAAUCAGUCUGGGAACCCAACAUGGAACCACAGGAGUUGUUUGAGUCAAUAUCACAGGCCCUGUUAAAUGCAGUGGACCGUGACGCUGUGUCAGGGUGGGGAGGGAUCGUCCAUAUCAUUGAGAAAGAUCAAGUUACAACACGGGAACUUAAAGGAAGAAUGGAUUGAUACAGUGUAGUUCUAGGGAUUUCAGUGCUAAGAACUGUAAAACAUCCAUUGUGUAUUUUAUGUCCAUCUUUCAUCUCUCUAUUAUUAAUAAUAAACAUGUUACAUGUGAAA